CCAGGAGGCUUGAGACUUAGCACUGCGCCGCCAGCCCACGGGGGCCUCCACCACCCUCACCUCGGCCUCACUAGCCCGCCAACCCAACUCGGCGGCUCCUCCGCGAGCCUGCCGGGAACUCGCGCCCCUCGCGCUCCCCGGCCCCCGAGGGGGCCGCCUCGGGCCAUGGUGCUCUCCCAGGAGGAGCCCGCCGCCGCGCGGGGCCCGAGCGAGGCGCAGCCGCCCGGCCCUGCGCCCCCAGGGGCCGCUCCGCUGCCCGGCCCGGGACCCUUGGAUGGCCCGGAGGCGGCGGGGGCCGAGAAGGUGGAGGUAGAGCUGGCGGGGCCGGCGGGGCCGGCGGGUGCUGAGCCUCUUGAGCCCCCUGAGGGCGGCUGGGGUUGGCUGGUGAUGCUGGCGGCUAUGUGGUGCAACGGGUCGGUGUUCGGCAUCCAGAACGCCUGCGGGGUGCUCUUCGUGUCCAUGCUGAAGACCUUCGGGUCCAAGGACGAUGACAAGAUGGUCUUCAAGACAGCAUGGGUAAGUUCUCUCUCCAUGGGGAUGAUUUUCUUCUGCUGCCCAAUUGUCAGCGUCUUCACAGACGUGUUUGGUUGCCGGAGAACAGCUGUCGUGGGUGCUGCUGUUGGAUUUGUUGGACUCGUAUCAAGUUCUUUUGUAAGCUCCAUCGAGCCUCUGUACCUGACCUAUGGAAUCAUAUUUGCCUGUGGCUGCUCCUUUGCCUACCAGCCUUCAUUGGUCAUUUUGGGACACUAUUUCAAGAAGCGCCUUGGACUGGUGAAUGGCAUUGUCACCGCCGGCAGCAGUAUCUUCACAAUUUUGCUGCCUUUCCUUUUAAGGGUACUUACUGAGAGCGUGGGCCUCUUUUAUACCCUGAGGGUCCUCUGCAUCUUCAUGUUUGUUCUCUUUCUGGCUGGCUUUACUUACCGACCUCUUGCUUCCAGUGCCAAAGUUAAAGACAGUGGAACCAAAGGAGGCAACAGAUUCUCCCUCUUUUCCAGGAGAAAGUUCAGUCCUCCAAAAAAAAUUUUCAAUUUUGCCAUCUUCAAGGUGACAGCAUAUGCAGUGUGGGCAGUUGGAAUACCACUUGCACUUUUUGGAUACUUUGUGCCUUAUGUUCACUUGAUGAAACAUGUGAAUGAAAGGUUUCAAGAUGAGAAAAAUAAAGAGGUGGUUCUCAUGUGCAUCGGCAUCACUUCAGGAGUUGGACGGCUGCUCUUCGGCCGGAUCGCAGAUUAUGUGCCUGGUGUGAAGAAAGUUUAUCUACAGGUACUGUCCUUUUUCUUCAUUGGUCUGAUGUCCAUGAUGAUUCCCCUGUGCAGCCUCUUUGGGGCCCUCAUUGCUGUCUGUCUCAUCAUGGGUCUCUUCGAUGGAUGCUUCAUUUCCAUUAUGGCCCCCAUUGCCUUUGAGUUAGUUGGUGCCCAGGAUGUCUCACAAGCAAUUGGAUUUCUACUCGGAUUCAUGUCUAUACCCAUGACUGUGGGCCCACCCAUUGCAGGGUUACUCCGUGACAAGCUGGGCUCCUAUGAUGUGGCAUUCUACCUCGCUGGAAUCCCUCCCCUUAUUGGAGGUGCUGUCCUUUGUUUUAUUCCAUGGAUCCAUAGUAAGAAGCAAAGAGAGAUCAAUAAAACCACUGGAGGAGAAAAGAUGGAGAAAAUGUUGGAGAACCAGAACUCUCUGUUGUCAAGCUCAUCUGGAAUCUUUAAGAAGGAAUCUGACUCUGUUAUUUAAUGUCUUAUAUACCUCCACCAGACUGGACUUGCUUUUAGAAGUUUAAGCAAGUUUUCCUUUUAUAUGAAUUGCAAAUUUCUUAUUUUUUUAAUCACAUCCUAGGAAUAGCACAAUAAUUGGGAAAUAGAACCUUAUUACUACAAGAAUCAUUUUCUGCCACUGAAAAGCUGUCCAAUAUUUCCAUGAGUCUGAGGCCGGAGACUCAGACUCAAUUUCAUGUACAAGAAAACCUGUCUGAAAGUCAAAUAUUAUGAGAAUAUGAAGCUAUCUCAGUAAAAAGUAACUUCAGAAACUGUGAGCGCUAUUUAGCUUAUACAAAUAUUUAAAAAUACCUCAAGCUGUACUGAAAGGGUUGCAGUUUGGUCAGGACUGGAAAUAUUGUUUGUUGUCUCACUUGGCGUUUUUAGUUUUGGUAUCUUUGUUUUAAUUUCUUCUGCUAUUUGGAAACAAAAUUUAAGCCUGGAUUCUAGAUAAUAUCAGAUCUACUUAAAUCUCAAGUCUAUGUUAAAAUUGCUCGCCUGCUCUUAAAUAAGCUUUGAAAGUAAGUUAUUCUGACUUGCUCCAGUGUCAAGGGACCUUUUUGGAGCAGGUACUGACAAGGUGUUCAGAAUCAAGGUGUGAGAUGAACAGGAUCAUGUUCAUAAGGGCAGAACAGUUCAGAAAUCAGACAUUUCUUCCAUUUACAUUUUUCCCCUUUGGAUUUGCAGUGUGUUUUACUCAAGUAGCCAGAAACACCCCAGAUUUCUGAAUUUGUUUAAAUUGUAACAAUAAAGUAAAAUAGAAGAAUUGAAAGAUAUUCUGGCAUUUUAACUUAGAAUUUUUCUGACUUCUGAUUUGUUGCUCAGUAAGACUUUGUUUAAAUAUCAGGUCCUAGUGCAUGUUAUCAAGUUGCAGUUUUAGGCACAAAUGGGAAAAAAACAUUUGUGAAGAAAAUAUCUAUUUCUGAUAGAAAGAAUUGCUCAAAUCGGUAAAACUUUCUGACAGAAAUUUGCGUUCAUAUGUACUUAUCCUAUUGUGUUCCCCUUUAACAUUGCCUGUAUUUUUAAAAAUAUUUUUAUACACAGACAAAUAUAAGAAGGCUAUUUGAGUUUUAAAGACUUAAAACCGAAGUCAUGACAUGACCCAUAUUCAUCUAAAAAACAUCAGAACACGUCCCUCAUUCCUGAAAUUAUAUUUUAGUACAUUUUUCGUUCUUAUUUAGGUCUUUAAGUUGAUAAUGUGCAAAGCAUAUUUAAAUCCUAAAUACAUAUGUAUUUUAGAUCUUCCUCAAAUGUAGCUUGUUCACCUGGGAAAAUGCUGUUUUUAUAAAGCACCUCCAGGAUUCACCUGUUUCUAAAGUCUCUGUGCUGAGAGAAAUGAAACCUAUUAUCUCCCUACUUCUCUUUUCAGCUUCGAUCAUUUGUGAAAGGCAAAGUCCUUCCAUUCCUGUCUCUAGCUGAGGAUGGAGAUGCCUGGAAAGCAUAUGGAUUUGCAGUUGUUGAUGGGAAAGGAGGGCAGGCAGGGGGAGGAGCAAAGUGAGGCUGUUAAUUAAACAUCUAGAAAACCCAAUAACUUUUCCUUUUAGUAUCAACCUUGAAGGUUCAAAGUGUAAAUACUGCAACCUUGAAGGUUCAAAGUGUAAAUACUAAAUGUGGAAUUUAUUUCUAACAGAACUUUAAAUAAUUUUGAUCUUGGAGACACUCUGCAACUUACUACUUCCAAUUCUUCCACAUUUCAUAUUCAGGGGACUUAGAUAAUUUGUUUUUUGGAAGGUUCUGUUGCAUUAAAAAAUAUAUAUAUAUAUUUUGACCAUGCUGCCCUUUGAUAUUCUUAUUUUAUUUAAGCUUUUACAAAAUGACUUAGAAAUGAUAAUGUAAUACAUUAUUAGUUUCUUCAUUUAUUCAUGCCCAGUUAUAUAAAACAUUAUUUCCGCAUUAUUAUCAGUGCUUUUGAAAUUAGCAAAACCAUACAACUAAGUACAAUCAUCAAACCUGCCAUUAUUUUUAUUUUUCCUACAGUUUCAGCACAAACUCCUGACUACCUCCCAAUUUUACAGAAAGACUAGAUCUAAAAUAGAAAAUUUAUUUUGUAAAGACCUCCAAAUGUUUUUCCUUUCAAAAUGUUGCUGAUUUUAGGGGAAGAAAAGUAAUAAUCUGCAACUCAAAGACUUGAUCUUGCUUAUUUUCCAUGAUAAAAGAGCAACAUGACAAGUAUUUAUAAUAAAACUUAGAUCUCAGAAUAUUGUGUUUGUGUAUAAUAUUAUACAUAUGUUAGUUUUCAGUCUAAUGGAAUGAAUCAAACAGGAUCUACAAUGCUGAAAAGGCUCCACUAACAUAGACUCUUAUGGGGAGUUCUGUGCUGUAAUAAUAUAAAGUUAAAAAGUAUGAAAGGUAAGAUGCUAAAUUCCAUAAAAUGCAUAUUUAGUAAUAUGUUUGGUACAAAUAGUUAUAAACAUCUAAAAUAUAUACUAAGAAAAUAAAAAAUAUUAAUAUUCACAAAGAUUUGUUUUAGACCAAGAAAUAUUAAUCUUUCAAAGUAAAUCCUUUCUAAUUUCUGAACAGAGUGUUACUGUUGCAGUAAAGUGACCUGAUGGGCCUACAUUUUUUUUUGUUCAAUCCAAGACACUUGUUUAAAAGAAUAGAUACAAACUGUCACUUUGCUGUACAGCAGAAAUUCACACAACGUUAUAAUUCAAAUACAAUAAAAGUUUUUUGUAAAAAAAAUAAAAAUAAAAUAAAAUACCUUUGUUUAGCUCACAGGAAACAUCCUGACCAGGCCCACCUGUGAAUGACUGCAGGGAGGAAGAAGUUAACACAUCCCCUCCGGAGGCUGAACAGAACCAGGAAAUGUUUGACUUUACUCCCUCCCCUUUUAGUAUAAAAGAAGCCUGAAUUCUAACUGAGGCGCAAUGGUUCUCGGGACACAAGUCCACCGUCUUCUUGUUCGGCUGGCUUUCUGAAUAAAGUUGCUAUUCCUUGCCCACUCCCCACCCCCAAAAAGGAAUAGAUACAGAACUCUACUUUCUCAUCUCAUCCUCCUAAUUCUGAUAGGACUAAGCGAAGUCAAAUUUAAAAGGUUCUGGCAUUUGAGGCCAACAAUAGCAUAAGAAGAGGAGCAACUUUACAGAAAGGCUGGAUUGGGUAUUGUAACAGAUGCCCAAGGAUCUUACAGAAACAUUCUGGUUAAAUUUUAUUGCAGUAGACAUUGCUGGGAUGCAUCCAUGUAAGUAAUAAUAAACCACCCAGAUUAUUGAUACUAUAUUCAAAAUUUAUAAAUCUCUUUGAUCACGGUUGUAAUGCUUCGUCUAUAGCCCUACUACAAGAUGUGUAAUUUACACUGAAAACUGCAUAGUGCUUGCAUUAAGCUUCAAAUUCUAUUCAUAAAUAGAAACAGGACUUCAUUUGCAUUUCAUGAUCAUGCAUUAUCUGUUUAUACAUGUUUGCAGACCCAUGGGCUCUGCCCAAGUAUGGAAAAAAAAAUACUUUAAUUCUAUUAGCUUCAACUUCCCACUUUUAAAGUCAAUGUACACUUGGUUGUAAAGUAAACAUGUUUACUUCUGGUAAUUAUACUCCUUUUAACUGCACUUAAGAACAUUCUAAUUUGUGCUAUUGUUAUUUGUAAGCUGUCCCAUGUCCAGAUAACUCUUGAUGUUAAAUAAGACUGAAUAGAAAAUGUGGUAUGAGAUUUGAGGUAGGCAACCUAUAGCAUGGGUGCCUCUGAGGACUUCCUGGUGAUGGUAAACUUUCAGACCCUUUAGUAUGCCUCUUUUUAUAUUAUCUUUAUCAUUUUUCCCUUUACUUCCCCACAUCCUUCAAAAACCUGCUGAAAAGUCCAUUAAUAUCCUUGCUUAGUGCUACUGGUUGCUUAGCUGCACUGCUUACCAGUCCCUGUGAUUUCAGAGGAUGGAACUCCAUCCAAUUUUGUGUAACCUGGAGAAUGGCUUGCUCUUAGCUUUCAACUUAGAGUUCUAAUGAUAACACCGAAAAAAAUUCUAAUUACAUGAUUAAAACUGGGAGGGGUAAUAAGUUUCAUAUAAUUGUCAUCUUUUGUGCUAACAUAUAAAACUUUAAAUGUUUAAGGUAAAUACUUUGAGAGAAAAGACUGUCAAGUUCUUAAUAUAAAUAUUUUCAGAGAGCUCACUUUUUAACUUUGAUUUUCAUAUUCCAUUAAAGUUUUGCUAAAUCAUAGUCCUGAAAGCACAUCAUGGAGGAUGCCUUAGAAUGUAGGGGGCCUCUGGGAUGCAGUUCCUAAUGAACCUGCCUUAGGCUGGGUUACACUUUAUGGUGAAUGGUAUUAAGAGUAACUUCCCAGAGUCUAGAGAUACAAGUGAAAAGUAUAAGCUAAUUAAGUCCGUAGUUUUUAAAUAUGUGAAUAAUUUAUAUAAGUAUUUAAAACUCUGCGGGAAAUUUCUAACUGAAAACUUCAUUGUAGCUGGCAAAGAAGGAGCAAAGAAUAAUGUGGAGAACAGGCACACACAGCUCCCAGGUUCACUGUAAUGGGAUAGCCGCAGCCAUAUUUUAUCACUUUAUUUGUUGGCAGAGACUAAUGCUUUGUUUUAUAAAUAUACUACAAGUGAUAGGCUACAAUUUUCAAGAAUAAAGGGCCAAAUGCCCAUAGCUAAAUAUGAAACCUGCACAUAACUUAGAAUCAUAAUUCCUGAUAAAUACGGAUUUUAUCAGAUAACUCCUUAUGACCCAUGAAACAAUUCACUGUCACAUCUUUGAAUCACCCAAACCUUGAUAUUUGGGACAUAGUAGUCUAUUUAGCUUGUCCUUUUAAAAAUUAAUUUUGAGGGACUUCCCUGGCGGUCCGGUGGUUAAGACUCUGCACACCAAUGCAGGGGGCGUGGGUUCGAUCCCUGGUCAGGAAACUAAGAUUGCGCAUGCCACCUGGCACGGCCAAAAAAAAAAAUUAUUAAUUUUUUUUAAAGUAAACAUUAAUCAUCUUGGCCUCUAUACAUUCAAGGAAAUUCUCCAUGGUACUAUUUUUUUUGACAGAUAUAAAAUAGGCUACCUCAUUUAUGAAACAAGAUUUCAAUCUUUUAUUAGUAUGUUGGAAAGACAGUGGGAAUGAAAUAAAACCUUUCUAAGUGCUUUAUCAUGACACUCACUUGAUCAUGGCAGUCCACCUACCUCAGCUUUCAGUGUCUGACUAAAAAUCCAGCUUAAUUCUUGCUUAGUCAGUGAGUUAAUGGUGAUUCUGGGAUUAAAAGGCAAGGGAAUACAAGUUGUUAAGGGGGUCGAAAUAUCGAUAAAAUUUAAGUGUUUUUUUCUGAUAAAUGGAUUUAAAAGGAACAAAAGUGGAAUAUUAACUAUUGUGGCCUGUGGAUAAUCUGAAAAAGGAAAAAAGUGAAGAAAUUUAUAAUCUAUAUACAAUAAUGAACACUUACUAAUAUGCUUCACCAGUGGCUUUUCAAAUUACACUGGCAGCUUGACGAUGAGGUCGUUUUCAUCUGUGUUUUCUUUGGCAGGAAGAUGGAUGAUCACUGACAUAAGAUUGUAUGCUUGUGCCUUAACCUUACAGCUUACAUGUUAAACAACUCCUGUAAGAGGCACCCCUUUCCUAGUGGAACAGGGACCGUGGCAAUGAAUUUUUGUCUUGCUGGAGUUUUUGAAAAUGCUACCGUUGAGUGUGGCAAUAGUGUAGGAGUUAACCCACAAGUUCCCAAUCUAAAGAUGUUUCUAGCCCUUCUAUAUGGGUGCUGUAAGAAGAGUAUUUUGGAGUUGAAUGUCACUAAGCAUGUAUGUGAUAUCACUAUCAAUAUAAAACAACAUUUAGAAAUCAAAUUAGAUCUGUGACACUAUUUUGGAGCCUCUGAUACAUGACUUUUAUUCUUCAUCAGAUAAUACUUUUCAGUAUCUGUCAGUUAUUAGAAGAGUCCAUUUGUUAAAUAUGUGUGUAAACACAUAAUAAACCUUUUCUGUUAUCUUCACCAAAUGUAAUCUUCUAUAGUAUGUUCUAAAAUGCUAGACAGUAAUGGGUCAACAUAUCUUUCGUAAUUUAGCCUAUAUUGGAAUAUUAUUUCAGGGACCCAGGGUUUGUUAUCAAGGGUGCUGUAUUUUGACCUGAGGCUAUGAACUGACUGUAUUUGGUGCCUUUUUUUCCUACCAGAGAAAGAUCAGAUCAAGAUUGGUGCUAAAUUUCAUGUUCCUUGCAAAAUUAUUUUUUCUUUUUAAAUAUAUAUGUCAAUAAGAAUUGUGUAGAUCUAGCAGUACUAUGCAUGUUGCAUUUUGUUUAUAUGUCUGAGGAGAAAAACCUCCUGUAAAACAAUUACUGAGUUCAAAAUCUACUUAGAGGUAUGCGAUUUUUGUUAACACAGAAGGCGUUCACUAUGAAAGUCAGAAAAUGAUCACCAAAUGAAAACUUAAUGAUGAACACAGCCCCCCAACGUAAUGCCUUUAAAGAAAAAUCCCUGGUCAAUGUUUCUAGCAUAGUUAGCUAUUCAAAGUAUUCUGUGACUCGGAGGGUAUGUGAAAAAAUGUUAUGUAUAUUUUAUUAUACAUAUAGCUAUAUAUACAAAAUAGCUUUCUAUUGAGCUUGUUUAAGUAGAAAUUUUAAGCUAUUUUUCAGGCUAAGAUCAGAGUUUUGGGAGUCAUCAAUCUUAAAACUUGGACAAUGAGUUACUUUUUUAAAAAAAUGACACUGAAAGUAUCACUGUUCAUCUUUCAGAUUUAACAUAAAGAAAUUACAAAGGACUGUGUCUGGGUCAGUGUCAGCAAAUCUCAGACCUAUGAUUAUCAAGGGCUCUCAGCAUCAUGGUCAUGGCUGACUGUGUGACACGCACCUAAAACUCUACCCCAAAUUCCAUGUGGGUCUCUGAAUCCUAAUGUACCUGUAUGUAGUAUUCACAGGAAGCGGGGACCACAGGUUUUUAUUAAACCUUGCUGUCUUUGUAGACUUUGCCUUAACUCUAUUUUGUGAAGAUUUUAAAAAUAUAAAUUAGGAAAAUAAUACACACUAUCAUUUUCCUAAUUAGGAAAACCAGACAUUUAGAAUCUACUGGAACGUACUGGAUUCUGUGUUAACUAAUGAUAAUUCCAUUCUACUGUUAACAUUAGUUGUAUGUGGAAGGGAGAACGGGGGCUUGUUAAUCUGAAGUUACAGGGGGAAGAUAAAUUGGGAGAUUGGGAUUGACAUAUCACACUAUAUAUAAAAUAGAUAACUAAUAAGGACCUACUGUACAGCACAGGGAACUCAAUACUCUGUAAUGACCUAUAUGGGAAAAGAGUCUAAAAAAAAAGAGUGGAUAUAUGUAUAUGUAUAACUGAUUUACUUUGCUGUACAGCAGAAACUAACACAACAUCGUAAAUCAACUAUACUCCAAUAAAAAUUUUUUAAAAAUUACACUAGAGAUGAAAUAUCCCUUUAGUAAUAACUUCUCAUGUAAUUGUUAAAAUAUUGUGGUUUGAGAAAUGUAAGAUUAUAAAGGCAUUGCCCAAUGCUUGAUAAAUUUGCAUUUUGUCAUUUUGUUCUCCUACCAGUUUAUUUUAGCCUGAAAGUUAUAGCUAUGACAAACUGAACCCUGCAGUAUUACUGAGAGAGAGCUUGGAUGUUUUAACUAUCUCCUAGUAUAACAUGAUAUUUUUUAUGUCAACUUAUUUUAUUUUAAUGUUUACCUGAAAAGUAAUUUUUAAAUUAUUUUGCAUAUUUUCAAAGUUAGAAAAACAUGUUUUAUUUUAGACAUCAAAAGCAAGUUGUUCCAAGUGCACGCUGCAAGCUGCAGUGUGAGUCUGCUUCUCUACCUACCUACACAGGAUGCCAUUUUUGGCACAGUAGUUGUUUAAAUAUAGAUCACUAUGUGAAAUGAUUAUGCUGGGUUUGAUCAGUGUGCAGUAUUUUAGUACUUGCCUUAUGUUUCUUUUUAAAGAGUAUGAUUUAUAACUGAUUUUUUUAUAAUGUGCAAUUUAAUAUAGAUAACCGAAACUUUUUUAAUGAAAAGUGCUUUGUAAUCAUUUGGAGGAUAAGAUCAUUUUACUGUGGAACAAUGUGAUGUUCUCAGUAAAUACAAUAAAAAACUUUUAGCA